GUGAUCUACGCUUUGUUUUGGGAGCGUCCAUAUAUCCCAUUUCUUUGGAAGAUUGGCAAAGAUUUUUUUCUUUUUUUUUUCUCUAAAGCAGACAUCAUUCUCAAUUCUUACCGAACGUGUUAAACACAUGCUCGUGUGUCACUACUGCGAAUCCAGACUGUCCCUUUGCCUUCCCCUCCCUUGGAAUUAGAUUUGUUUUAUCUGCGAGGUUUCAUCUGCCAGGCUCGGGCGAUCAUCUUACCUCUCUCUUGGUGCUACACCAACCGCGAUCAUCAUCCAACAUGACUGACCGCGAUCGAUCUUCAGGGACCCAGUCUUGCCCGCCUCCCGAGUUGCCUCAACUGGUCGCCGAACAGCAUGUCCCUAUUCCUCCCAAUGACAAGGAGACAAAGCGCUUGAUUGUCGUUCUCUCUCAUGCCAGUUUGGAGACAUAUCGUGCUUCCCAUGGUGGUCGCAAUGGCUCGGGUCGGGAUGAGAAAUACUCGUUGCUCAAUAGCGAUGAACACAUUGGUGUGAUGCGCAAGAUGAACAGAGAUAUCAGUGAGGCUAGACCUGAUAUCACCCAUCAGUGCCUCCUCACUCUCCUUGACUCUCCGAUCAAUAAAGCUGGCAAGCUCCAAAUCUACAUCCACACUGCGAAAGGUGUCCUCAUCGAAGUUAACCCAUCCGUCCGCAUUCCUCGUACCUUCAAACGUUUCGCUGGUUUGAUGGUUCAGCUGCUGCACAGACUUUCCAUUCGUUCCACCAAUUCUCAAGAAAAACUACUCAAGGUCAUCAAAAAUCCUAUUACGGACCACUUACCUCCCAACUGCCGUAAAGUCACCCUCAGUUACGAAGCCCCAGUCGUGCGGGUCAAGGACUACAUCGAUUCCCUGGGUCCCAAGGAGAGUAUCUGUAUCUUUGUCGGUGCCAUGGCAAAGGGCCAUGAUGACUUUGCGGACUCGUUCAAGGAUGAUACGAUCAGUAUCAGCAACUACAGUUUGAGCGCCAGUGUUGCGUGCAGCAAAUUCUGCCAUGCUGCGGAGGAAUCAUGGGGCAUUCUUUGAGCGACCCCGUGGAUCGGGGCUCGAGAGCGGCCAUAUUUUGACGACUGACGAAUUUUCUUUUUCGCUACCUGCCGUCCGGCGCCGAGGUCGAAGUAUAGCGAACGCCAAUCUUGGGACGCAUGCCCCUGGACGCAUGCCUCUUAUUCUCCGCCUUUGGAUUCAUUGCCUCCCAUUCCGCGUCUGUUCUGGUAUCAUCCUACGUUCUCCCUUUCGCUAUUAGCUUCCGGGACCAGUGUGACUUGAUACACGACCGCCAAUACGACAUUGCUUUACGCUUUUUUCGAGGUCUUGAAAUUUUCUUGGACGGCUUUUCUUUCCUCCCAUCAACAGGACAAUCGACUCCAG